AUGGCCGCGCCGUACGCCUUGCCAUCGUCGGCGCUUCCGCACGCCCACCAUCAACAUCUGCACUCGCACUCGCGCUCCCCAUCGUCGCUGAGCGCCUGGCGAGCUUCCAUGUCUCGGGAACCGCUGCCCGUGCACUUCGAGGACGACGCCCACGGCCAUGACCGCGCCCAGUCGCACUCUCGCAGCCACUCUCGCGGCCACUCGCACAACCGCAUGUCCUCGCAGGCCUCCAACACGAGUGCUACGCUCAUGAGGGACAAGCCGGCGCCCGCUGCCUUGGACACGCUCGACGGCUGGUCGCAGGAGAAGACGGCGGGGGGCAAGUUCGUCUUGACGCCCGGGCCCGGGGCUUUGACGACGCCAUACUCGCCCCCGAGGCAGCAUCACCACCACAACCACAACGACCAUCACUCCCCCCGACAAUGCAACCAUCAUGGCGCUGCCCACGCGCAUCCCGGCGACGACCAAAAAUCCCGGCCGUCGUUGUUCACGAGGGCCCUGCUCCCGUACGCGGCCCGCUUUCCCCUUCUCCACGCGAUCCUGGUUGAAAAGGACUCGAGGCGGAUAUUCUAUUUCAUGGCGCUCAACUUUUGCUUCAUGGUCGUACAGGCUGUUUACGGCUAUCUCACCGAUUCCUUGGGCCUGCUGAGCGACAGCAUACACAUGUUUUUCGACUGCGUUGCCUUGCUCGUGGGGUUGCUGGCAGCUGUGAUGAGCAAAUGGCCUCCGAGCCAGCGGUUCCCAUACGGCUUCGGCAAGAUUGAGACGCUGAGCGGUUUUGCCAACGGCAUUCUCCUUAUGCUUUUGAGCGUUGAAAUCGCAUUCGAGGCGCUCGAGCGCUUGUGGGAGGGGCAGCGGACAAAGAGGCUGGGCGAGCUCUUCAUUGUCAGCUCGCUCGGUUUGGCCGUGAACUUGGUGGGCAUGAUGGCCUUUGGGCAUCAUCAUCACGGACACGACCAUGGGCAUUCGCAUGGACACGGCCACGACAAGUCUUCCAACGACAAUAGUCCCAGCGCCCAGUCGCACAGUGGGCACAGUCACGGCCACUGCCACGACAACGACAACAUGCGCGGCAUUUACCUGCAUGUCUUGGCUGAUACGCUCGGCAGCGUCUCGGUCAUCGUAUCGACGGCACUUACCAGCUUGUGGGGGUGGUCCGGCUGGGAUCCGCUGGCGUCGUGCUUCAUCGCCGUCCUCAUUUUCCUGUCGUCGCAGCCACUCGUCCUCUCGUCGGCCAGACGACUGCUCCUAAGUGUCCCGGAAGAUUCCGAGUACAACCUGCGGAGUUCGCUGGGAGGGAUCCUGCAACAGCGAGGAGUCGUGAGCUAUACGGUUCCCAAGCUAUGGCUUGACGACCGAACCGGAGGUGACGCGAACAGCAGGCUCGUGGGCGUUGUGCACAUCACGGUGGCGCGGGGGGCUUCGAUGGACGAUGCGCGAAACCGAGUGCAGGAAUAUCUGCUGCGGGAAGGCAUCGACGUGGUGGUGCAGGUGGAAAGAGAAGGAGACGAGUGUUGGUGUGCAAAGACACGGACGCCGGCCACUCCGCGCGCGCCGAAGCCAUUCUAG